CAUCGCAGGGCACACACACACUCUCAUUCACUCACGCAAUCACACACUACGGACAAUUUUCCAGAGAUGCCAAUCAACCUACCAUACAUGUCUUUGGACCGGGGGAGGAAACCAGAGUAGCCGGAGGAAAACCCCGAGGCACGGGGAGAACAUGAAAACUCCACACACACAAGGCGGAGGCGGGAAUCGAACCCCCAACUAUGGAGGUGUAAGGCGAACGUGCUAACCACUAAGCCACCGUGCACCCCCCAGCUUUGUCCACAAAUGGAAGAGCAUAACAUGGACCCAUGACAAGUUAUGACGUUUUGGAGCAGAAUUCCCAGAAGAGGACUGGCUUCAGUGGGAUAAAAAUUUGCUGUAUGUGCAAACAGAUGAAUUGAGACAAGCAGUGAGAAGCACUUAUGAAGUGUGGAGGGGAAACAUUUUUGGAUUUUUUUUCCCAAGAAAAACCCAGCACUUUAAAGAUGUUGUUUAGUUUGAAGCAUAUAUUUAUUUUUGCUGCUAUUUUCCUCCUGAACAUUGAUCUAUGUUUUUGUGCUUGUGCUCGAGCAGAGUAUGAGAUCAAUAAAGAAUGUUGCCCCAUGUGUGCACCUGGAAGCCAUGUUUAUAGGCAUUGCACAGAAUUUGUCAGCACAACUUGUGCGCCGUGUGUUGACUCUUUCACUUCUGAGCCAAAUGGUCUUCAACAAUGCUUUAGCUGUGCAGUGUGUGAUACUGGGCAAGGCUUACAAGUAAAAACAGCCUGCACAAGAAUUUCAGAUACAGUUUGUGAGCCACUAGAGGGAUUGUACUGUACUAAUUAUGAGAAGAGUAGUUGUACACAGGCUGUGGAACACACACAGUGUAGCCCUGGACAAUAUAUAAAGCAGAAAGGAACAGCACAUGAUGAUGCUGAAUGUGCUGAAUGUAAAAAUGGUACCUACUCUGAUGGCUCACUUGAAAUGUGCAAACUACAUACAAAGUGUGAAGAUUUAGGACUUGAAGAAAUUAAACCAGGAACAACGAUAUCUGAUGUUGAGUGUGGAAAUAAAAUCAAUUUAGUGGCCCUUAUAAUUGGAAUCAUAGUUUUCAUUGCAGUUGUGGCUGUUGUAGUCAUUUUUGUCAAAAUUAAACAUAAGUUUAGCCGAUGUUCAGAUUGGAAUGCUGAGAAGGAACGAGGUACAAAAACUGAACUUAAAAUACUCACUCCAUAGACAGUAUUUCUAUAAUAAAAGAGAACUUACAGGACAAAAGAUCAGGACACGAGGUGAACAUGCUGUCCUUACUGGGGAUCUAGACAUCAGAGUCAUAAUAAAGGAAGAAAAAUGCAAUGCCAAAGCCUUUUUUUAGGGACUGGAUGGACUGCAUUACUGCUGGACGUCACUGCAUUCAUCUGAAACUGAUGUCUGAUCAGAAGAGUCACUUCCUUGUCUGAAGACCCGCCUCUUCAAUAAUCAAGAUGAACCUAACACUAAUUUCUCUCUGUGAGGGUUUUAGCUUGAUGGAGGACUUAUUAUUGUAGUGAGACAAUGAGAAAGAACACUCUGAACUCUUGACUUGUUUGUAUUUGGAGGAAUUUCACAGAGACAAAAUUUUAUAUUGUACUUAACUCUAGGACUCUUAACGCUGCUGGAGAAAACAGGAAAAAAUAGUGCUUUGAAAUUCUGCUUGCUAUCAAAAUUUCACAAGAAGUUAUUCAAAAGGGAUAAUUGUGCAUGUGCAAGUUUUAAAACAUUUACUUUAAUAUUGUUAUUUUAUUUUGUAGAACAAAUUAUUUACAACAAAUUCUAAUUAAAUUACAAUGAAGCAUAAAUUACUAAAUAACCAUUAAUCAAGUUUUACUCACAUUAUAAAAUCAAAUAUGAUGAUACCAAUUCACAACACAAUCAUAUCAUAAAAUUAGAUAAAGAAUAGUGACUAUAGCCAAAAUUAUUGACUUUCCAGAGGGAUGUUUUGAAUAAAUGCAAGCUAAUGCAAACUUACAUUUUAUUCUCAGACUCCAGGAAAUAACUAUUUAACCAUAAACCAAUUUCCCUGGAGGUGAAUAUCAGGCUGCUCAUCACAUAUAUGUAAAAUCCCCUCAUCAUCCAUUUCUAUUGGGAAAAACAGUGAAGUUUCAACAAACAAGUCUGUUGGUUAAAAAUCUAAUUUAGCAUAAUUACAGUCAUGAAAAAACAGUGUCUAAAACAGUUGAAAAUUUGCCAGAAACUGGAACAAUGAGCAUUUUUUAAGUAUUCAAGACCUUCCUGGUAACGUUUCACAAAUUGCAGUAUAUUCAGUAAAUACAGCCUCUGUAUACUGUAUAAAUAUAGCCUCUGUAUAUAAAUGCAGUACUUUGUGGUCAGAUAAGACCAAAAUAGGAUUUCGGUCACAUACACCAUUAGCAUGCUUAACCACACAAGGAAAAAACACCUGAUAUUCCACUGUAAAAUAUGGAGGUGGAUCAGUGAUGCAUGGGGCUGUUUGACUGGUUGGUGAUUUUAAGGGCUUUCACAUCAGAAUAUAAUGCCCCAAGAUUCCUCUUCAAAUGACACUUGCUAGAUGUUAUAGGAAAUAAAACAGUGGUGGUUUUCUCUCUAGGGCAGGUGUCACAAAAUAUUAAUUAAAUGUAAACAAACUCAA